GGACUCCGGAUUGUUCUUUUAAGGCCACAAAAGCCUCGAAACUUUCGCUUUAUUUUAUCACUUUUAAACCAUCUAUACACAAGUUUAAACCGGGAUCGUGCAACGCGAUAAUAGAAUAACAUGGAGAAACUUGAAAUAUUCGUCUACGACAGACGGAAAGGCGAUAAGCCGGAGGUCAGACUUCAACUUCCUCGAGGGCAUCUAAACAUCGCAUCUUUCAGAGAAACGCUCCGCAAGGAGUUUGACAUACCCAAAGAUGAGAGUUUUGUUGUUGUCAACACAAAUCGAGGUGUCAUUGAGUCGGAUACGGCGUUGGACAAAAUUCUUCAAGAAAACAACACGCUGUACAUUCUGAACUCAGUGGACCAGCAAUUGAGUGCACCAACUUAUGAAAGGGUUGAAUACAUUCCACAUUACGAUACCUUGGUGAAAAGUGGCAUUUAUGAAUACUAUGCGAGUGAGGGACAAAAUCCACUUCCAUUUGCCUUUGCUGAGUUAGUUGACAAUGCGUUGGCUGCUACUGCUGGAAACAAAGGACUUCGAAAGAUAGAGAUUCAACUGAUGUUUGAUGAUGCACUUGGCAAACCUGCGAUCUCUGUCUGGGAUAAUGGUCAAGGAAUGACAUCAAGAGAGUUGAACAAUUGGGCCAUUUAUAGACUGUCUAAGUUCAACAGGGAUGAACCUUUCCGAAAGUCGCAACACUCAACUCCAGUGCAGGGAGAUGUAUUGAGAUUUUUGAACAGUGAUAUCUCAUGGUUUGGCGUUGGAGGGAAGCAAGCUAUCUUUUUCAUUGGUAGUGCAACUCGGAUGAUAACUAAGACAACUAACUGCGCUGAUGUACAUGAACUGUGUAUCUCAAAAGAAGAGUUUGAAAGAAAAGAACAACGCAGAGAGUCAAUCUACAGCGGUCAGAUCUACAACAGAAGGCCAGGGGAUUGUGUUCAUAUAUCAGAGGAAGAUGAGAAUGUUCGAGAGUUGAUCAGAUCAGAAGAAAAACACUCAAGUUUUACAUCUGUUGUUGUGACUGGCAUCAAUUCCACUAAAGUUCUUUAUCUCAGAUAUCACUUUGAUUACUGGUGUCAACAGCUUGCGCACAUUUAUCAUUAUUAUCUUCAUGGUCCACGGGGAAACGGGAAACGACAAGGAAAACCCAGCACUCCGUUCAGAAACAUCGACAUUCAGGUUGUUUUAUACGAGAAAGGAAAGCAGCCUAAACGAAAAGCUUUGCGAGAUAUCGAUGAUGAUUUGCAGUCGCAGUACAUCAGAACCACGGCAUCUGCGUUCGAGUUUCGAGCUCAUUGCGAGGGAGGUGCCGUUGUUGAAGGAAUGCUGAGAUAUCAUCCUUUCCUUUACGACAGCGAGAGCUACCCACAGUUGUCGCCUAACACGAAAAACACUGAUGAAGAUGAUUUGGAGGCGUUAGUUGACAGUCGUGCUCCCAGGGGAAACAGACCAAUAUUUGAAUGUUACUGGAAUGGUAGACUUAUUCCAUACACAUCUAUCGACUGUCUGGAGUGGUGCGCCCCGCCAAAGAAACGAACUAAUAUCCCAGCUGAGUGUUACAACAGAUUUUCUGGAGCAUUGUGGACGAAUGAUGCGUUUCAAGUCAGCACAAACAAACUCACGUUUCUCGACUUGGAAGUAAAACUAAAAGACAAGGCAACGUUGUUCAACAGAGUUAUUCUAGGGCAGGAGCAAAGAGCUCAGAUACCCCGCGCUUUCACCGAAUGGAUAAAGGAAUGUCACGAAGCCCACGACAAGCAAGUGAAAUUUUCAAACUUCAAAGGCAGUGUAAAACGAACAGAGUUAAGUCAGAAACAGCGCCAAACACCGUGGGGUGUCUUUCAUAGCAUCGAGUGGGAUGGGAAGGUUUACAAAACCGGAAUGUUGAUAAAAACACAGCGGAGUAUCUCCACCGUAUGCGGAACAAUUCAAAGGUUUUUACUGUUUGGCGAUUACGAAGGCGAUGUGUUUGCCACAGGAGGAGAAAUGGAAAUUAUUCAGGAACCAAAGUCUCUUUACGGUGAAAAAAGAGUGUUUCCACUUGCCAAGUUGGAUCGAAGUACGACCCCUGAUGGGCUGAAGAAGUUUAUUGCCGAAGAAGAAGCGAAGCUUCCAAGUAAAUUGAUGAUCGAAUGGCCGAACGGAGAUGAGAUAAUACAGAAUUCUAAAGUUCCUGCUGGUUCAACUAUUGGUGACAUCAAGGUGGAUAUUUUGAAUGGAAAGGGAGAGUCGAUCAGUAAACUGCCUGGUGAUCGAGGAAAACGACUUCUCGUUGAAAUGAAAUGUGUCUCGCAUGGUAAAGAUGGAGACAAAACUAUCGCAGAACAUGUGUGCCAACAUGGAGGGAAAAGCUGGCCGUACUGGUUCAGAAAAUUUGCAAACAUCACAUACCUCGGCGUCCAUUCUCUCACACUACGAGUUUUUGCCAGCGACAGCAUGAACAACCUUCCUCAAACAAGCUUCCCAAAACACAAAAUCAAGUUCACCGUGACAGAGGGUGACCCGGAAAAGUUUACUUUUGGUGUGCUUGAAAAUCCUUUGCGAAUUGCAUCAGCUUUCCAGAUUCCGUUAAGUCUGGAGGAUAACUAUGGUAACCCUACGAAACCAGCGUGCAAAUAUGAAGCGGUUUUGACAUGCAGUGGUUUAGAAAUUGAGCACGAAGGAACGCAGGUUAAAGGAAACAGUUUGGUCAUCAAAGGGGUCACUGUCCUCGGAAAUGUUCCUUCCCAUACAGGAAAGGAUUUCAACUUGAAAGUGAGUCUUACUGGUUUGAAUGAUCAACAGAGCGUGAAAAUACGAGUUUUGCCAGGUCCACCAAACUCGAUUGCGACGGAACCAUCUGAUGAACAAAUCGAGAUAGAAAAUGGAAACCCGCUAUCGCUGUCAGUACAAGUCAGAGACAAGGCGGGAAAUUUGACCGUGCAGCCAAGGCUGAAUGUUGUUUGCAAGUUAUCAGGCUCGUCUGGAUUACCCACAUACCUUUGCGACUGCAGUACCUCCGGUAAAGCCUCGCUCACAGGGGGUAACAUCGUUAUCAACAAUCUCGUUAAAACCACCAAAGUAAAAGCAAAAAUUGAGUUGCAGCACUUCAAAGACAUACCUGCGAUCGAAAAACUCAUUCUGGUCAACCCCAGUACCAGAGCGUCCGUUGUCGAGGUGCAUUACACGGGACCUGGGCUGGACAGCAGUGUCAAGUUACAAAAUGAGGAGGAACUCGUGUGUGUCGCUGGUGGAACCGUCAGCGGGCUUAGUUUCAAAAUAUUUGACGAAGGAAAAAGACAGCUGAUGAUUGACAAUUCUUUGGCCGCUAAAGUCAAGGUCAACUGGAUUAAUAAAGUUAGCCGUGAUCUAAUCAAACAAGGAUUGUUACCUGAUAUCAAGGCGCCCAAUACUGUUAACGAUACGAAAUUUUGUCAAGUUUCACUCGGCGCUGCCUUGGGGGUGGAGUUUUCAUUCACACUUGUGCCCCAACCAGAUGAACCAGCUACCAUCACGUGCACUUGUCGUGACAACGUGAUUCAGUUGGGGGAUACUCUGAAGCAUGACAUCAUCGCCAGCUUUAGUGAUAAAUUUGGCAAUCAUAUAACGAAGCUCCCAGACAAUGCUGCUCUACCAACUAUCAGUGGACCAGGACUGCGUCAAGCGACAGUCAAAGUAGUUAUGAAUAAGGAUGGAACAGUGUCAAUUAAAAAUAUCCAUUUUGAUGACCGGCUUGUUGGUGUUAAAGAAUUGACGAUCAAGUGGCAAAAUUUAACUUCUUAUCAACGAAUCGAGGUCAGGAGUGGUCCACCGGCUAAACUCAGGAUUUUGGGUCUCAACGUUUCCCAGCCCAUUGGUGUCUUCAGCAACGCGAAGUUCCCUAAACCGAUAAUGCUUCAAUUGUGCGAUUCUUUUGGCAAUCCGUGCCUCGAGAGUAAUAUCAAAGUGGCUUUGAAUAAGGACACCGGGUUGAAGUUAAAUCCAACACCAUCCCCUCAGAAAACAGACGCGAAAGGACAAGUGUCGUUUGGUGCGUUUGAAGUCUCGGGGCAAAGGGGUACUUACGAAAUUCGAAUAAAAGCUUUGAUUGGACGAUCAUCGAUUGACACGGAUCCUAUAUCAGUCAGAAUUGAUGCUAAUCCCAACAAACCAGUCAAAAUGAUUGUGGAUCAAUCAAACUUUCAAAAUAACUACGUUGUUGGGAGCACAUUAAAAGAAUUCGCUGUCCACGUGCUUGCCGAAGAUAAUCACGUGAUGAAGUGUAAUGCAAAGGAUUUUGUCCUAAAGCUUUGGUCAGCGGGAAACCACAGCUCUUCCUCGGAACCUCCCGCUACGGCAAUUUCAUUCCAACCUGACAAAAAAACCGCGUCAGACAAAGAACAUCAUUACUACUUCAGAGAUGUCACUCUUCCAGAACAGACUGGGUCAUACUAUUUGCUAUUGUUCUACUGUCCUGGUGGACAUGUUAAAUUAAAAAACGAUGUUAUUCGGAUCUCUCUACAGCCUGGACCACCUGUCAAACUAGUUCCAGUCGGCGCUCUGGCUACACCCACCGUGUCUAACACUCAGAGAGCCACGAGUCGCUAUCUUUUAAAAAAUACGAAGUUUUUACUCAAGGAUCAAUUCGACAACACUGCGGGCACAGAUCUAAACGGAAAGAUAGAGAUCUGCAUUAAUAAGUCGCCACAUUCAGACGAAGUGCCAAUGUUGCAAGGAAAUACCGACAGAACAGAAGUUCCCCUGGUCAACGGCGCCGCCACGGUUCACAUUCUCUCGAUAGAGCAAAACACUCCCGGACAGGACAGCCAUGAAUACGUUCUGAGUUUCACCGUUCGCCUCAGCGGACGACGCCAGACUAUUCCUGUUUUUAACCUACCAUUCUUGUUUUACAACGACGUGAGGAAACAACAGCAAAGCGCUCAGUUGACGAAGGAACGUGAUCAUCUGUUUGAAACGAUCAAAGCGUACAAAUCACUGUUUGAUACGACCAGGCAACUCAUGAACGAAAUGAAAGUUGCUGUCCAAGAGGCGUCGUUGGCAGAGGUCAAACUGCGUUCAGAACUAACAAGACAAAGCGUUCCAGCACAAAAUCUUCAAACUAUCGCCUCUGUUGAUCAGUUUAUUGGAGAGCUAGCAACGAAACGAAAUACGUUGCAAAACACUCCCAGGCGGCAGUGUACGUUGAACCCAGGCCCGCGUGGUGAAGCUGGAGUGCUCGGAAAGGUCGCCCAUCUUGCUGAGGUGAUGGACAAUGAUAUUGCGAGAGUGUUGUCAUGGCAUCUAUCAGGAGAUAUGGACUGCGUCAUCACGCUAACUACAGAAAAGGCUAAGAAAGUGUACCGUGAAUCAAAGGGAACGCAACAAGUCCUGCCAUUAGAUUCCAUUUAUAAACGAAGCUUACCAGAAUGGAACAAACUGCUGCCUCAUGAACGAUCCAGGUCGAAUUCUCAACCAGCUGGGCAUCCGAUUUAUGCAAGGUCUGCCCUCAUCUUUCCUACGGAACAAGAAAACUGUAAAAUAGUGUUUGGGAUGUUACUGGGCGAUACGAUUAUUCUGGAUAAUCUGGACUGCGCGAACAGCUAUCGUCAAGAGGUGGUCAAGUACACGCACUGUCCAACUAUCUUGACAAGAACUGGUGAUCGUAUCAGAAGCAAUGGUAAAUUUGGUGGGCUACAGAACAAGGCUCCAGCAAUCGAGAGACUGCGAGGCGUGGUCUUCGCCGCACCUCUACCUCUGUCAUACCAUACCAUAUGCUCUCAACUUGAACAAUUCAAAGCGUACAAGCAAGCUAUGAUAAAACAUACCCAGGCACAGGAGGACUACAAGGUCCAAAGAGAGCAAAUGCAAACUCCCGAGAUGCAAAGCAAGCAUAAAGAAUGUCGCGAGGCCGAGGUUCAGUUGCGUCGCAUCGAAGAACGCCUAGGCAUGACACCAGCCGAAUACGAGAUGCCCGCCAGUCCAGCUUCCAUGUUGCAGUCAGCGUUGGGAAGUACCACGUCGGGCAAGUCACGUGUCCCGAAGUCGUCCCCAGCAACGAGAUCAACGCCGCUCGGGAGACCUUCAUCCUCAGACCCAAGAUCAACCACCAGAGGAGGCACCGCUGCUCAGCAACCUGUUGUCAAUGGCUCAAGUGCUACUACUCCAAGUCGAACGCGACGAAAUACGACAGCUCCCGAUUCGUAUGCUUCGCCAAGUAAACGACCCAGGCGCACCUAAGGUAGGCGAACUAUUGGCUAAUGGCUAAUCACCUGUCAUUCUAAACUGGCAUCCCUGUUGGCUUUCUUGCUUUCAAACAGCCGUCGAUUUUACUGCUGGUUUUUUAUCGAGAGCAUGUCAACUUCAUUUACGCCGAAAAUUGCAACAUAAAAACAACGUGCGUCUCGAAAAGUUGCAAUUACGUUAUUUUCAAUUUGAGAAAACUCCCACUGCUUCGUAUGCAUGUCUUUUUAUUCGUCUUUUAAAACUGGAAAAGGUCGUUGACGUUUUUCGAACGCUCGACUCAAAUAUCACAUUUCAAAAGUUUUUUCAAACCAACAUAAUCGCUUUCGGGAACAGAUAAUUCGUUAACUUUUCAUGUACACUGACUAGCAGUUACCCCUAACACAUACACAGUGCUAGCUCUUUUACGCAUUCUUUGAAAAACAGCUUUUGCCACGCUGCAGUUUCAAUCCCACUACCUUCAUUUUGAAUGCGGAGUGGGGGCAGAAAAGCCGGUGGUAACAGUCGCGCUCUCUACAAUGUCCAAACUCCAAAGACGAAUCCCGCUCUCCGCUGUUUUAAAAUAUGCUAAAAAAUCUCCCACAGAUUUGUAAUUUUUUCAGGUGGAAUGUCACCUCCAUUAGGUUUCCCCCUUAUAGACAUUUACUCCUAAGAAACACACCCUUACUCUCCCCCUACAUGUUUCCAUACCUGUUGCCUUUAAUAGACAAAAGUCCCUUCAUAUAAACUCUUGUUUAAUUUGAAGCAUUUACUAAGGGGAGCUGGUUUGUCUUUGGGCGCGAAAGGGGAUAGUUUUUGCUUCAUAAGGGAGGG